AUGUCGUGGCUGCGACUCGAUCCCACGCCGCGCGUCGUUCUGCUCGGCACGCACCCCUCGCUGGCGUCGGUGGCGGCGGAGUUUCCGAACCACGUAAGCGUAGAUGCUGACGUGGACACGAAUCUCGAAGGCACACCGUUGUUGAAUUCUGUCCUUGCGCGCAUCCAAGCCUUCGGCGCAGCGUCGUCCGCCGCCGCGUCGCCCCACUGUGACUUAGUCAUGCUAGUGGAUCCGGAUGUGCUCCUUUUUAACGACGUCUUAUUCGCGGCGCGCCGACUCGCGUCGCGAUUUUCCUCCUUCGUCAUGCUCUCGGCUCCCUGGGACGUCCACACCUUCCGCUUCUCGCUCGACCAACUCCCUCCGCACAUCCACCCUUCGUCCUCCGCGAAAGCCGGCGCUGUUUCCUACCGCUCCUCAGCCGAAUCUCGCGACAGGUUCCCCACCCACGUUGCUGCGCCCGCCCCGUCAAGCGGCGCUUUCUCCACCCGGCGCCGCCGAUCUGCGCGGCUUUGGGACAGCCCGGAUCAGGCGGACUCUGGCGAGGUCAACGGGGCCAACGAGGUCAACGAGCAGGAGAUACGAGACUACGUCCGCCAACGCGGGCAGCUGAACGUGGCGGCAGGUGCGACCGUCCUCAUGUGGAACCGUCCCGCGGCGCCGCUUCUCCAUCCCAGCGUCGCCAUCCCACCCUUCUUCCUCGGUCGCGGAAGCUACCUCCGCUGGCUCGUAGCGCGCGCCUCUGGCUCCCUCUCCGCCACCGCCGCCAACGGUACUGACCGUAACGGUGACAGUAACGUUACGGCGCAAGUUGGACGCGCCGCGACGGAGCAGGAGACGGCUGACGAGGCUGGCGUGCCGGCGGCGGCGUCGCGAGACGGCCAGGAGUCGCGAUUCGCGGUGGAUGCGACGGAUGCGGUGACGGCGGUGCGCGUGUUCUCCGCGUUGGACGCGCAGCGGGAGGCGCAGCUCGCCGUCGAGAAACGACAUCGCGGCGAAACCGGCGGCGUCGCCGAGAAUAGCGCCGGAACUGGCGGCCGGAAGAAGGCCGGAUUCGUUUCGCGGCUCGCGCGCUCGAUUUCGCCGCGGCAGGUUCCGCAAAGGCGGAGGCUUCAAGGCGGGGCGGAGAGCGCGCACGCGGGGAGAUCGCACCACAGCAGCGGAGGGUUACUAUCCGGCGAGUCGUCCUCGUUCGGGCAGGGAGCUCUGUGGCAGCCGCUGCCCGGGAAAAACGCGAAGCGGUGGGAGGUGUACGCGAAUGCGCACAUGGCGCGAGUUCAGCGGCUCGCUGGCGGUUCUUUGGGCCACGCGCCGUGGCGACUCGCUCCCUGCUUCGUGCCCGGAGCACCUCACGGCGCGGAUUCCGUUCUAUCCUCGUUGGAAGAUGAUUUCGCUCUGGGCCUAGAAGACAUGGGUGGGCUUCGCUUGCCAUCUUCGACUCAAGCUGAGCCAGCCGUAGCGAAAGAUAAUUCCCUGACUGCAGCUGCCGCAAAAGCUACACUUUCUGCUAAGAACGGCACUAUUCAGUCAACAAAGGGAAAGAAGUCCUUAUCGUUGGAGAAGAAGCAAGCUGAAGCGCGUACAACUGCGUUCUGGAGGGGUACUGAGGGCCUGCCGCAUUCGCUGGAGCAGCUGCUGCCGAUCGUUGCGGGCGAGCAGCAAGCAGUCAUCUUAUUAGCAGCAUCGUUUGAAGACAGAGAGGCUGCUUUGAACAGUAUUUGCAGAUUGCGCAACCUUGGGAUGGGCAACUACAUUCUGGCCGCGUUGGAUGCCCGAAUGUACGCAUACGCCUUUCUUCAAGGCAUCCCCGUGUUCAUGCACCAGGCAUCAAAUUCAAAUCAGUCCGCGAACGCUGCAUCAUCGAACGACCUGUCAUCAGCUUCCCGAUUGGCCGCAGUCGCCCCAGUCCUGAUGAUGCAGAUUCUCCGCCUGGGCUAUUCCGUCCUGUGGGCUGACAUCCACACAAUCUGGUUCUCCAACCCCCUUCCCCACCUCCUCUCCCUAGACUCCAACACUCUAGCCGUGCAAAGCAUGUCAUUGGACAUGCAUCAAGCACCCAACUCUGCUCGGACCAUCGGCGCGGGGGUCAUGUUUGCCCGGCCUUCCCACCUGUCUCUCAAGGCGUUGGCUUCGGUGGUGGCUUAUACGGCUGCUGUGCGAGCGGAGGCAGGGGAGGAGGGAGGGAGUGCGGGUGGGAGUGCGGCGGAGGGCGAGGAGGAAGUGGAGGAAGUGGAGGAAUACAGGGCGUUUCACGAUGUGCUGUGUGGCGAGGGCGGCAGAUUUAAGCUGGGGGGUGGUGGAGCAGGGAGAGGAGCAGGUGCAAAGACACUUCAUGAGGAGAUGAUGGGGGGUGCAAUUGAUGAGGCUCCGGUCUGA